AUGGAGAUCGACUUCGCAUCCCUCCUCAAGAAUGUAGAAAAUUCCUGCGACCCCAGCCCCUUCUGCCGUCCUGUCGAGGGACCCGCAUGGCUUCAACCUCAGCCCAACGCGCAUUGCGACGCGUCGCCAGCAGACGCGCAUCGAGCCACGUCGCCAGCAGACACGCAUCCAGGCGUGUCGCUGGCAGGUAUGCCUUACGACGCAUCCUGCACUAAGAAAACUCCAGGAGCGCGCCCCUACAAGGCGUACAAGAGGAAAAAGGCCCGAGAGGACGCCUACAGGCACGGCAAGCGCGUUUCCUCUGCGAAGAAGAGGGUCGCCGCCAUGUCGUCCGCAAUUCAUCACAGAACCACCCUCAGCAGUGGCAAGCUCCCAGCCGCAAGGGACGGGUACACCUCCAAGAACAACACCCAUCACCCCUCCAAGGACUCUGCCCACAACUGGACCGUGCAGGAACUACUCGAGGAGGGGUUCGAUCUGAUGCAAUGGGACGGAUGCACCCCGCGGCCGCUGGUAGACUCCACUGGGCGCAUCUUCGCAGUGCUCGCCGGCAGGCCCAAAGACAAAACCUUUGAGCAGGACUGCCAGGCUGUUUACACCAAGAUGCAAACUGAGCUGCUCGGCUUUGAUCUGAAGGAGACGGAGUGCGAGCAUCGACGCGGAAGCUUCCCAGCGCUUGCCGUAGGCGUAUCCUAUGGAAACGGACAGAGAGAGCCUGCAAGGCUGGCUGCUGGAGAAACUGGCCCCAACGCCGAGGGACUUUGCCGCCUGCUGAACGACCCCGCCGUCCAGCGCGUGGCGUCUUACGGAGACUCCGCAUUUGAAAUGUGGGCUCCCAAGCUCCAUGCAGGGUCAGCUCGACAAGAUGUACACUGCCCUCCCUCAUCUUCGCAGGAAUUUCCUAAAUCCAUCCGUCACCGAGACACGUUGAAUCUCGCGCAUGGCUGGUGCGGCAUCACAGCUCUGGGUCGGUUUGAUCACACCAGAGGGGGGCAUCUGAUCCUGUGGGACGCUCGGGUGGCUAUAGAGUUUCCGCCUCAUUCCACCAUCCUCAUACCUUCGUCAGCAAUCCUGCACUCCAACGUCGCGGUCGACAGCGAAGAGGUGCGCGCCUCGUUUGUUCAAUACUGCGCAGGAGGAAUCUUUCGCUGGGUGGACAACGGCUGCCGAACACAGGCAGCUUUUGAAAGAGCAGACCCCGUCAGCUAUGAAAAGAGUAUGGAGGACCGACUGCACGGCUGGGAGAGGGGACUCAAAAUGUUCAGUUUACUUUGCGAGGUACAGCAGUAG